AUGUACAACUACUCCGUGCCGGAACCCGAGGUUAACAACACGUACACGUCUCCAUAUCUACACACAGCUCUACUUUGCAACCUGCUGAAGCCGACCAAGUCCACGUCCACCAUCGAUGCCUCGUUCACCUUCUCGUUCAUAUCACUGUUGCAUCCUGGCGUCGACUUAAUGGAGACCAUACUUGGCGUUAUAGGAGACCCUGGAGAAACCACUUCAUCCGAAACGUCAUUUGUGGAACAGGCCAAGACGUUCGAGGGUAAAUCCAUCCAAUCUCUUGUAAUUGCAGAUAGCAAUGGUAACCACGAGACCACCUCGUCGGGUCAUUUAAACAUGUAUCCUUUACCCAAAAGACGUGCACCUGGAGGCGGAGAACUACCUGGGCUGCAUCAAGCGAGUGUACACUCCGAUUACCGAGGACGCUAA